AUCUAAAAGUAUGAGAUUUUUAUUUUUAUUUUUAUAGCUAAGAAAAUUCUCUCAAACACUCUAAAAAUUUUUAAAGUACUGUAAAAUCUAUGACUUAAAUUUUCUUUCAAUAAUAGUGAAUUCUAUUGUGUUUUAUGAAAUGAUAAGUUUAAUAACAUUGAAUUUUAAAAUAUUUUUUAAAAUUUACGUUUGAGUAACAGUGUAUUUGUCGUUUUAAUACAAAUCACCUAAAACAACUUAGUUGAAUACACCCUUCUCUAGAGGUCAUAUUCAAUCUUCCAAACUGCCUUGCACGUUUGUUCUAGUCAAUGCAAUACUUUUUUAAAAUUAUGUCUAUUGAUUUAAAAAGUAAAUUAAAAUAUACGAAUCUCGUUUUCAAUCCUCGUAAGGGAUUUAUUAUGCAGCAAUAAUAUCCAUAUUGCCAUUAAAAAAACUAGCUCACAAUAUCUCACACAAUCUAAAUCACUUUGGUCAAAUGGCUUCCUCUUCUUCAUCAGCUACCCCAGAGUUUGAUGUCUACCUGAGCUGCGCAGAAGACACCAGGAAAGGCCUGGUCUCACAUCUUUAUAGUUCGUUGUCUCAAAGAGGCAUUACGACUUACACACGUGAUGACAAGCUGGAGAAGAGAGACUCGUCCCCUGAUUAUGAGUUUCCUGACCAAUGGAAAUAUACCAUAGAUGCAAAAGUCGCCGUUGUUGUUGUCUCGCGGAGCUAUCUAGCCUCCGCUUGGUGCCUGAACGAGCUCCAGACAAUACUAAACCUUCUGGACAUAGGCCGUCUGUUAGUUCUGCCCAUCUUCUACGAAGUCGAUCCUUCAAAUGUGAAAAACCAGACUGGAGAAGUCGAAGAACCCUUCAGAAAGCUUGGUGAAAAAUAUCCUGAGAAGGAUCAUGCAUGGAGGAUGGCUCUUAUCGAUGUCAGCAACCUAUUCCCCCAGGAUUUACAUAAUUUGAGCGGUGAAGCAGAGCUGGUCGAAGCAAUUACAAAAAGAGUUGAAGUCUUUCGAUACUCGGAUAAGCCGAGCAAUCAGAGGGAAACUUAUCCAUUAACAACCAAAUUCAGUGGACUGGUCGGUCUGGACCGUCAAAUGCUUGCACUGUACAAACUGUUAGAUUUAAAUUCUAACGAGGAAGUUCGGUUGAUCGGGAUUUGUGGUCCAGGAGGCGUUGGCAAGACGACGCUGGCGAGACUGGCCUAUGAAGAUCUGUCUAAAAAUUUCCAUGCACAUGUGUUUGUAGACAACGCCAAAAACAUUUAUCAGCAAGACCCUGGUGAGUCAUAUUCACAAGAAACAUUCACGUCAGGAAUGAUCCAAAGGUGGUCGCAUAAAAAGACAAGAGGACAAAGUGUAAGCACUGGUGUGAUCAAAUCAACGGUUGGACACCGAAAAGGUCUCCUUGUGAUUGAUUGUGUGGAUAGCAUGGAGCAGUUAAAGGACAUAGCAGACAUUGUUGGUUGGUGUGGCUCAGGAAGUAGAGUCAUCCUUAUCACACAAGACAAGAAUUUGCUAGAUAAAUUUGGUGUGAAGCACGUCUACGAAGUCAGCUCUCUGAGAUACGAUGAAGCUCUUCAACUCUUUUCUCAAUCUGCAUUCGAAGAGAAAAACCCUCCUACUAGUUUCGAAUCACUUUCUCUUCGUGCUAUCCAGGUCGCAAGCUUCCUUCCCCUGACUCUUAAAAUCAUCGGUUCUACUCUACAAGGCAAGGAUGAAGAGGGAUGGGAGAAGGAACUGCAAAAACUCGAAGGAGAUCAAGAGAAAACUAUUACGGAGAUAAUGAAGAAAUGCUACGCAGGAGGAAACGAGGAAGACCAAAUCCUUUCAUAUAUCUUGUCUUAGAAGUCAUCUGAUUUGGUGUUGAUGUUCCAUAAAUGAACAGCAAUAUCAAGUGUCAGAAUGACUUUUGAUAAUGUAUCAUAUAACAUUAUCAUUAUAAACUAACUAUUCUGGUUUUAUUUGAGCUUUUAUUGUAUCCAUGACUCCAUCAUCUCAAGCUAAGCUAAUGAAUCCCACGUUUAUGUAUUCAUGGUACAAAGAGGCAGCAACAUGGUUAAAACUUGCUGAAUAUAAGCACAA